AUGUCACGAAACGGAGAGAAAAAAUCUCUUGUUACACAUUUCGUAGCAGGAGGUGGAGCAGGAUUGACGGAAGCCUUAUGCUGUCAUCCAUUGGAUACAAUAAAAGUGCGAAUGCAGCUUAGCAAAAAGUCCCCACGACCAGGCUUUAUCAUGACGGCCGUAUCCAUCGUUAGGAGAGAGUCUUUCUUCGCACUGUACAAAGGUCUUGGUGCCGUUGUUACUGGAAUAGUGCCAAAGAUGGCAAUUCGUUUCUCCAGUUUUGAAGCAUAUAAAGGUUUACUCACCAAUAAACAAACCGGAGUGGUGUCAACAACGGCUACAUUUUUCGCUGGUCUUGGAGCUGGUACAACCGAAGCAGUAAUGGUCGUGACCCCUAUGGAUGUGAUCAAAAUCCGUCUGCAAGCCCAACGCCAUUCCAUGACCGAUCCUCUUGACAUCCCGAAAUACCGUAAUGCCGCACAUGCCGCAUUCACUAUUGUAAGGGAAGAAGGUCCUUCUGCAUUGUACAAAGGUGUCGCAUUAACUGCUCUUCGGCAAGCUACGAACCAGGCUGUGAACUUUACGGUGUAUCAGGAAAUGAAGAAGCGAAUGCGGAAAUUGCAAGGGACCCAGGAUGGGCAGGUGUUGCCGACAUAUCAACAUUUGUUGAUGGGAGGGAUUUCAGGAGCCAUGGGUCCAAUUGCUAAUGCACCAAUCGACACUAUCAAAACUCGUAUCCAACGCUCAGCCAGUCCAUUAACCGGAUGGGCCAGAUUUAAAGAAGUUACCUUCUCGCUUAUCAGAAAUGAAGGUUAUCUCGCCUUAUACAAGGGUCUUCUUCCUCGGUUGAUGCGUGUUGGUGUUGGGCAAGCUGUGACAUUUGCAUCUUAUGAACGUAUUAAGAUAUACAUAGACAGACUCUCCGCCAGAAGUGUGACUUUCCCUACACUUAGUGAACGGGAGCAGAUAGGCGCAACUAAUAAAGGUUCGUGA